CAGCCCUGCCUAAGACAGCGCGGGCGUCGUCGGGGAUGAAUGCAGCUUCUCGCCAUGAUCGAGGGAUACAGACGCACGCGGAAUCCUGUCGCCCGUUGGAUCCAGAAGAUUUAGUUCUCCGUCUCAGGGUCAGGAAGGAGACACGGGUGACGGAAAAAAACGAGAAAUGACUGAAGCUGAAAUGAAUGAGGACACCCUAGAUAUUCCUGUUUGGGAGAAAGAAGUUCCAGCCUCUCCUAGGAACGUCCGUGAGAGCAUUGAACAGAAGUUCCUGUUGGAUAUGCCAGACGAUUUCUUCGAUUUCUGGAGCUUCUGUAGUGAACUCAACCAGGAAAAAACAGAAGAGGCCUUCGCGAACGUCGGCCUGAUGCUGGUCGGCCCCUACGACGUCCUGUCGGGCAAGUUGGACAAACUGAAGCACCGGAAACUCUCCAGCUAUCUCUGCCACUGGCGCUACUACUUCGACCCUCCGGAAUUCAUGACGGUCCUUGCGAGCCGAGAAAACGAAUACCACAUCGGGUAUUACCGUGACGAUUGCUUCCAGCUUCCGGUUUUCGUUGCUUCAAUGUCGUUGCUUAAGCCGGGGAAGAUAUGCCCGAUGGCGCAGAACAUCUUUGGCGCUGUCUACUCGUACCUCUCUUCGAAGCUUGAGAAGGAGGAGCUGCAGGAGGACUCUCCGACGGAGCGGCGCUUCCGAGAGGUGGAGAGGUUCGCGAGGGCGCGCGGCCACACCCUGGGCCUGAGAACGCCCUCCCUGGGCAAGCGGGAGAAGCUGGUUGUGGGCAGGUGCUUCCACGGGGCGGGAGUGGCGGUCGACUCCGAGGAACUUCUGGAGCGCCGAGUCCUCCCCGUGUCAGAGGUCGAACUGAAGAGAAUUCUAGAGGCGGUCACAGAGGCUGAAACCGAAGACGAGAGAGCAAAUCGUCUUGGCAUUUUGGAAAUUCUGGUGAAAAUUGUUCGGCGUGAAUUAAGUCGAGGAAAUGCAGCGAUGGGUCUGGAGUUCGGCCACAACCUCUUUUCUUUCGGAGGAGAGAUAUUCCACAAGUACAUCCUUCAGGUCCUUGGGGAGAGUUACGACCGCCUCUUCAGAGAGCCUUUUCUUGAUAUAUUACAGGCUCACUUGAAGAACAGGCGCAGAGGAAACAACAUGAGUAUUCUAGACGUUUAGGACCCAAGAAAAAAAAAGUGAUAACCUGUGCCUGGUUUCUUCACUGCCAAUAUAACUUUGUAGUUUCUUACAAUAAGUACAUUUAUAAACCGAAUGAUCAAACACAUGUCAUGAAGAUCAUAUGUUAUGUUGCAUUGGUUAUUCAAUUUAUUUAUUAAAAUUUAGUGCCAAUGCAAAAUGAAGGUCCUUUUUCUAUAUCAGGGCAUCUAAUUCAUAUUCAAUAGUCGCUGAUUUGCUUGUAUGUGUAUGUGUCUGAAUGUCUCAUUAUUCACAAACACUGGUUGGAAAAUGAGAAUGAUUUUCAUCUUCUAUUUUCAGCAAAAUGGGCUUUUGUUGCUAAUAAAACUGAUUGCUGUUCAA